CUGCCAGAUGUCUCGCAGUUUGGAUUUUACCGCCGCCAUGGCACGGUCACACUGACGCACACAAAACUCGCUGCGCGAAAAACAUUUGCAAAAUCUUAAUGCAAUUCGGCGCGCUUUUGCUCAUUCCUAGCAGAUUACAGACAAAUAACCGGCGGCCAGCAGCCAGCAUUUCUCCAUGCGGCUCCUCAAGCCGGGCUGGGUGCAUCAUGAUGACAAACAGAUAUUCUCGGUGGAUAUCCAUCAGGAUUGCACGAAAUUCGCCACAGGUGGCCAGGGCAGCGACUGCGGUCGCGUUGUCAUAUGGAACAUGCUGCCGGUGUUGUCGGAGAAGGCCGAGCUGGACCCGGACGUACCGAAGAUGUUGUGCCAAAUGGACCAGCACCUGGCCUGUGUCAACUGUGUGCGCUGGUCGCAGAAUGGCCAGAACCUGGCCUCCGGGUCAGACGACAAGCUGAUAAUGAUUUGGCGCAAGAGUACCGGCUCCAGCGGUGUCUUCGGCACCGGCGGCAUGCAGAAGAAUCACGAGUCCUGGAAGUGCUUUUACACGCUGCGUGGCCAUGACGGCGAUGUCCUAGAUUUGGCCUGGUCACCGAAUGACGCCUAUUUGGCUAGCUGCGGCAUCGACAACACGGUGAUCAUCUGGGACGCCCAGGCGUUUCCGCAUUCGGUGGCCACACUCAAAGAUCACACCGGUCUGGUUAAGGGCGUCUCCUGGGACCCAGUUGGAAGGUAUCUAGCCUCACAGUCGGAUGAUCGCAGUAUCAAAAUUUGGAAUACAAUGGACUGGUCUGUGACAUACUCAAUAACCGAGCCGUUCGAGGAGUGCGGUGGCACCACGCACUUUCUGCGACUGUCUUGGUCACCGGACGGCCAAUAUCUGGUCUCGGCGCAUGCCAUGAACGCCGGCGUGCCCACGGCACAGAUCGUGGAGCGCGUGGGCUGGAAGACCGAAACGGACUUUGUGGGACAUCGCAAGGCGGUGACCUGUGUGCGCUUCCACAGCUCGAUCAUGCAGCGCCCGGCGGCCGGAGGCAGUCCCAGCAAGCCCCUACAGUACUGCGUCCUGGCGGUGGGCUCACGCGACCGCUCGCUAUCCGUCUGGAUGACGGCGCUGCAGCGGCCCAUGAUUGUCAUCCAUGAACUGUUCGAUGACAGCAUAUUGGACCUGUCCUGGGGCCCCAAGGAGUGCCUGCUGAUGGCCUGCAGCGGCGAUGGCACCAUAGCCUGCCUGCAGUUUGCCGAGGAGGAGCUGGGCAAGGCUAUUACGGACACGGACAAGCAUACCAUCUUCCAGAAAAUGUAUGGCCAGGCAUAUGGCACUGGCUUAAGCCGCCAAAUGGCCAUGGAUCAUCCGAAGCGACUGCUGCAGCCUCUGGGCGCUGGACCACCGCUCCUGGAGGCCCGGCCCGUCAAGUUCCCGCUGAGCAACGAGUCCCCCCAGCGACCCAUUAGCAAGCAAACGGAAACGAGGACCAAGGACGGCAAGCGACGGAUCACCCCCAUGUUUAUACCCCUUCACGAGGACGGACCGACGUCGAUUGCCAGCAGUAUGGUGUCCUGUGCCGCAAGUCUCACCUCCAGUUCGGUGCCCUGUGGCGCCAGCAUUGUGUCCGCAGUGCCCACGGAGGCCGCUGCCACGCCCCGGAUGCCCGAACCAUUGGUUAGCAAGGUGGACCAGGGCCGUCUCGAUUCCAGGCUCAAGACAAUGCCCACCUCGCAGCGCCGCCAGUCGCUGCCCUUCGAUCCCGGCCAAAGUGGCAGUGAUCGGCCGCGUUCUCCGCGGGUGGAGGACCACCAGAGCAGCACAUCGGCUGUGCCAAAUCUCAAUGUGACGGCCACUGGGCGCAGUGAGUUCGUUAAGGCUGCCCUCGACUACCGCCUGCAUGUCCAGAAUGGCCAUUUGAAGACAAAUCACGGUAUGCUGGCCAAGGUGACCGCCUCCGAUUCGAAAGAGAUGCUUUGGGAGUUCUACGUUGGAUCACCGGUUGUGAAUUUGAAUCUGUGUGGAAAAUACGCCAUGCUGUGCUCUCUGGACGGGAGCAUGCGACUGAUUUCCAUGGAGACGGGCUGCCCGGUCUUCCCAGCGAUCUCGCUAACUAGUUCCGCAGUCCAUUGCGCCUUUAGUCCGGACAACAGUUUGGUUGCCGUGCUGACCGAGUGUGGAUUGCUGCGCAUCUGGGAUAUCGCCAAGCGGACUAUUAGCCUGGCUGCCGGCUGCUCGGAGCUGCUGAACAAGCACGGCGCGGCCGUCCAUUUCGCCGUGACGGAUCAGGGAAUGCCGCUGAUCGGUUUCCCCAGCGGCAACUCGUACUCCUACUCGACCAGCCUGCAAUCGUGGCUGGUGCUGGCCACCAAGGAUGCCAUUAUGUAUCACGGUAUUCGUGGAACACUGCCGCGGGACAUGGACCAGAUGGCGGAAAGGUUUCCCCUGCUGAGCAUGCAGGCCAGCAGUCAAAAUUACUUUUGCUUUACCGGCAGCAUGGAGCUGAGGAACUCGGAGGCCUGGCAGCAGAGCGCUAAGAUUCGGUUCAUUGAGAACCAGAUUAAGCUGUGCGAGACCCUUCAGUCUCUGGACGAACUGAAGCACUGGCACAAGAUGCUCACCUUCCAGCUGGCCACGUACGGCUCCGAGAAGAGGAUGCGCCUGUUCCUGGAUGAUUUGCUUAGCCCCCCUGAGCCGGGUAUUCCGCAGGUUGUGCCUAAGCUUGAGCUGAUGCAGUGCGUGCUGGAUACGCUGAAGCCGCACUCCGAGUGGCAGCGCAUGUACUCCGAGUAUGUGGAAUUGUUGGAGGAGUGCAAGGAGGAGAACAGCAACAGCAGCAAGGAGAUCUUUGCUACACCGGCUCCACCACUGCCCAAAGCUGGAACAUCACCCUCUGGCUCCCCUUCUGACGGUGGACCUUCACCCAAUGGCGACGAAGGGGCAGCGGCAGCCGCAGCAGGAGAAGAAACCACCUGCAAGGCAGGAGAUUCGCCAACAGUCACAAGCACGAGCAAAGGCACCACAACGACAACCACCACUGCCGCCAGCAGCUCUUCAUCCUCAGGAUCAGCGUCAGGGUCAUCCUCCUCCGGCUCCGGAUCGUCCUCAUCUUCAUCCUCCUCCUCGUCAUCCCUGUCGGUGCCACCGCCGGCUCCUAGUCUAUCGCCGGAAAUCCAAGUUCUGGACUCACCCACCGUCUGCAUAGACGACGAACUAUACUCUGCCUCUUCGUCGCUACCUCCGUUGGACACGUUUCCGGCACCAGUCUCACCCUCGUCCACAUCCGGCGGAGCCACAUCCACAUCCCCGCCAGCAGUAGUAGCCGCAGCUGUAUCAGCCGCAGCAGUUUCCAGUUCCAAAGCCGUUUCAACGGAUCAGACAUGAGACGAAAGACUCCUCUACUAACCCCCAGCCCCUCAUUAAUUUGUUGUGUGUCCCCUGUUCUUGUCCCCUAAGCUAUAAGCAUAAGCAGGCAGUGCUGUAAAAAGUUUUCUACCGAUUUAUAUAUAUAUAUUAGGAACCGUCGCUUAUCCUCCCCAACAACAACCCCUUCUUUACAACAAUCCGCACACACACAUCAGUUGAUAUUUGUAUUUCUUUAAAGUGUAAAGCAUUAAAUGAUAG